GGCGCUCGCGAUCCUGAGGCCAAUCCCGUCGGCGCCAUAUUGCGAACCACUGGGGAAAGAGAAAGAAAGUGAGCGCGAGGACGGCAGGCAAAACUUUAGGCGAGAAGCUUGAGGAGCCGACAUCCACUUCAGGCUGAAAUAAACUGCUCCAGAGUUUUACGCCUUUCGAACCCCAUGCCUCCUUGCUGAAAUGCUCCGUGACCAUUGAUGCACCCAAAACACCAUACUUCUGGCCACACUGCUAUUCUACAAUAUUUCUCAGACUGCAUAUUGAAAGGAGUUUAAUCACAGCAGCUAUUGCUGAAAACAAGAUGGUGGACCGUUUAGCAAAUAGUGAGGCAAAUGCUCGACGCAUUGGCAUGGUUGAGAGUUGUUUUGGAGCAGCUGGCCAACCUCUGACUAUUCCUGGUCGAGUACUCAUAGGUGAGGGAGUUCUUACAAAGCUCUGUCGAAAGAAGCCGAAAGCCAGGCAGUUUUUCUUGUUCAACGACAUCCUUGUUUAUGGUAAUAUUGUGAUCCAAAAAAAAAAGUACAACAAGCAGCAUAUAAUUCCAUUGGAGAACGUUACAAUUGAUUCUAUUGAAGAUGAUGGUGAGUUGCGUAAUGGCUGGCUUAUUAAGACUCCGACCAAAUCCUUUGCUGUUUAUGCUGCUACUGCCACUGAGAAAUCUGAGUGGAUGAAUCAUAUUAACAAGUGUGUCACUGAUUUGUUGUCAAAAAGUGGGAAAGUACCCAGUAAUGAGCAUGCUGCCGUUUGGGUGCCUGAUUCAGAAGCGAAUAUAUGCAUGCGUUGUCAGAAAGUCAAAUUCACACCAGUCAGCCGUCGACAUCACUGCCGAAAAUGUGGAUUUGUUGUGUGCGGGCCUUGUUCAGACAAACGGUUCCUUCUUCCCAGCCAGUCCUCCAAACCAGUACGUGUGUGCUCCUUCUGCUAUGAUCUGCUCUCUACUGGCCAGCUGACUGCAACUCUGCCAAAUCGCUCUGAGUUUUACCGUGGCUCUCUCCAGUCCCCUAGAAAUUUAUCUGAUGAAGAUGAUGAUGAUGACAGCAGUGAUUAAAAAAUGAGAUGUCAGCUUUGAUAUUUAAAUAAUUGGAGUAAAACUUCAAAUGAACAGCUUUUGAGGUGUAUUAACUUCAGAUAAACUUCCUCCUGUGACAAUUAGCCAUAAACUAUACCUGCAAACCUUAAUACAAAACUUGUGCCUAAAUGUUGGAUAUACUAAUGGUUUCUACUCUAUACCUUCUGCUGGAAUACAAUGCUUACUGAAAAAUAUCAUUCUUGGCCAUUUGCAACCAUGAUCAAUUUUAGUUACUUGAUUUACUUCCUGGCUGCACAAAAAAUAAAUAAAUCUAUUGCUCUUCGCCUACAUUAUUUUGUAUGAUUUCCCAAAUAUUUAAAAUCAAAAAUCUCCUUUAAUUGAAAAAUGUUAAUAUUAUGAAAAGGACUUUGGAAACUGCAAUGUUGGUUUGAAGGGGAAACCUGAAUACUCAGAUUUAGCCAGGUAAACACUUAGAUACACUUGACUGUCAAAUAUCAAUAUUGGCCAGAUUGAAAAAGAAUGUUGAAGCUUUUUGUUUGACAGGACUAAAAUGGUUUUAUUUUGCAUCAGAACUAAGUGACUGAAAAGUCAAAUUUAAUACUGCACAUCUAGAUUGGGACCUUAAUGAGGAAAAUGAUUUAUGUGGAAAAAUCACAGACUUUCCACAAUCUGCUGUUUUCCCCAAAUAUCUUGUUUAAUUUCAAACAGUGAAGCCACAUUUUGUGGAGCUCUUCCACAGGUGGCCUGUUUAGUAAAAAGUCUGAAACCAUUCUGUAAAAUGGAGAAUGUCAUUAAAUCAAGAUUGUUGUGGGGAAUGCUGAUUUUCUUCUUACAGAUUAAACGUCACUUAACAUAUAUUUGUAGAGAAAUGUCCCUGAUUGUGCAGCAAAGUUUUUAAUUAAUGCUUUUCAUGGAUAGAAUUUGAGUGCAAUUCAAAUGCCAGUUCACAUCAACAAGGUCACUCCACCUCUCUCUCUCUCUUCUCCACCCCCGCCCCGCCCAACCAACCACAUCAACCUCCUCACCAAAUUCUUACAUCCUUGGGAUAGGAGCUGAGACUUGUUGGCUAGAGAUUGACAUUAUCUUGGCAUUUAUCAAAAGCAAAUGCUGCAGAUGCAGGAAAUCUGAAAUAAAAACAUAAUGCUGGAAAUACACAGCAUGUCAGGCAACAUCUGUGGAGAGAAAUAAUUAACGUUCCAAGUUGACCUUUCAUCAGAAGUCUUUUGCUACUAUGUUUAAUUGUGUGUCUUGCCCUAUUGCAUGGCUCUCAACAGUGCUCAUGCUCUGUUUAUAUUGUAAUACUCAAGAUAAUUACAUUUAAAAUUAAUCAGCAUAAUCCAAAGCAGUUUGGCUGUGAUUUUCAAAUUACCAGAGCAAGCAAAUAUGAAUUAAUUUUACGCCAUUGACUUCUAUGGAAUUAACACCAUUACGUCAUUAUACUAACUGACUGGAAAACAGCAUUGGAGAAACUGUAGAAUCAUUGAUUGCUCCCGUGAUCAAGAACAAACCAUUUGUCAAUAUAUGGCCAAUACCGUCUUUGCUGCCAAUUGGAAACUGAAUUAUAAGAAAGAUUUGGAGUACUCUGAUUUCCAAUUACCAGCAUGAUGAUGGCAGCAUUCUUGAACUAGUGGGACCUAUUCCAACCUUCAUAGGUUGGAAGACAUAUAUGUGAAGCAUUCAUAGUAGAACUGAAACAAGACCAAAUAUCAUGUUAUGAUUUUCUGCGACAUAAUUUGUCAAAACAUGGCAUUUUAAAAAAACGUAGCACAAGUCUGUUUAGUUACUGAAAUGCUUAUUUAGUUGGAUUAAACUAGUGGUGAUUUUGAAAGCCCCAAGGGUUGUGCUUAAAAUAUUGAGCUAAAAGAUCAUGAACUGAAACCUGGCAUUCAGGUAUUAGUUUAAUAUUCCCUAAGCAGUGAAUAGACUUAAUUAGCUGACAAUGUUUAACCAAUUCACGCAUGUAAGCAAGUUGACUGUGGAGAGAAAGAGGUAAACUGGAAAUGUGAAUUUCCUUAGACCAGGUAGUGCCUUGACAUGCCAAGUGUUUCAAGGAAAACAAGCCCUUUGUACACUGUUAUAUAGGGAGCUUUAUUACUAACUAGGUAUUGUGUAAAUAUUUGGUAACGAGCUUAAUCCUGUACAAAACUUGUCUUUCGCUUUCCCUUUUGUAAACAAGAAUUAAUUAGACUAUUUUAAAAACCUAAAUGAAACCUAUUGAAUGGUAUCCUAACAUUUGCAUCACCAGUUGUGGAAUAGGAUGUAGGUUUGUGGUGAAUAUAUUGUGAUAGAAAUACUCAACCUUUGCUAGCUUAUGCAUUUUUUAAAACAUCUAUUUGCAACAUUAGUCUAAUGAUGUGAAACAUUUAUAAUAGCAAACCACAAUAGAGUUAGUGCUCCAUUAUUCGCCAAAUGCCUAUUUGAAGAAAACUAAAGCUGUCUUUAGAUGCUGUGUUUUGAUGUCCAGCGCCCUUGGAUGAACAGUCAUUGUCAUCUACUGUGAUACUGUGGUUCACUUUGUGGUAACAACAAAGAUGUCACAAGUCGCAUUAGAUCUGUUCAGAUCUUAUCAUCCUUACACCCACAGCUUUGACCAAACUCAGUUGCUGUUUCACAUUUCUGGCUCACUGAUAAACUGCUCUGUUUAUACUGAAGCUCAGUAUAAACUGGGUUGAUGGGCAGUAUUAUGGAUUUCAAGCUGCUAUAAAAACCUGUAUUUCAAACUGAGGUAUUGAGAAGAAAAAAAAACCCAAGUAUAACACUUGGCAAAAUCCAAAUUUUAAAUGUGUGCAACAUUUUUGCUGGAAGACGAACUCUCCUAAAUUGGUGGUUCUUUUUCAUAGGAGUGGCUUUAGUUCCUUUGUGUUCCUUUAUAAUAUUCAAGGGAUAUUGCCUCAGAUGUUUUUACUGGAGUGUUUUUUUUUCCUGGUUGAUAGUAAAUAGGCAGUAGUAUGAAAUACAUUUAUAGUAUUUAAUACUUUUAUUGCUUAAAUUCUCUGUUUGACCUAUUCUCACUUCCCUCUAUUUUAUCAGUAGUGGCGUAAUGAAAUGUUUUUUUAGAAGUAGCAGGAACUAUAACUUUUUUCCUCCACUUUGACACCUACAUGAAUGCAUACCCAGUGUUAAUGAAAAGGAUUGAGUUCCAUUCGGCUGAUUCUCCUAAUUAUCUUGCUGUAUUUGAAUGUACAGGUGCCUCAAAUUGUGCUAAUAUGCUUGUGAUUGGGUGAACUGUGACUAAACAGCUGUGGGAAUUUUUUUUUAAAGUAUUGAUCCAGUGACCAAAUCUGUUAAAACCAACUGAGCUGAGCCCUCAUCCCCAUCUUACUAAAUUGAGAAAUGCACUUAUGAUAAAGGACUUUUAAGUUCAUGUUCUGACUUCCUGCAACACUUUUUUCUUCGGUUUCAACAUUGCGAAUCAACUAGAUUUUUGAUGGAGCUGUUGCACUUGAGUACUUAAUGUACUGAAUGUCAUUCUGUGGCAUGACUGCAUGAGGUCACUGGGGCAGCUGACAUUUUUAAAGAUUGCACUGAUUUAGCAUCCUGAGAAACAAUUUUUUUUGGCUAAUUUUCAGUUGCUUAUCAGCUGAAUUUCGUGGAGUAUCUGGAAAAUAUGUAGUACAAUUUUCUGUGGCCUUUCUCAUACAUUCAGCUGUUGAAGUGGAGAAAAAAAAGCAAGUUUACACUUAAGAUUAAUUAACUUUCAUUUUCUGUACACCACAUCCUAUUGGUGAGCUAUCCUAGAAAGCCAUGUUACUUCCAGCUAUAUUAAGCAAUUGCUAAAGUUUAAUGGAAUGAAAUUGAGAUGAUUAAAACCGAUGUUCGAAAAUCUUAUUUUCUUAAGUUGUCUUUCUCAGGAGAAAUCAGUGUACAAAGGGUACAUAAAGUUAGAUUUACAAAAUCAGCUUGGUUACUGCCCUGUCUUUUGGCUUGCAUUUUACAGGUGUUCUGUAAUAGAAAGAAAUAACUUUUUUGCUUUACAGUUCUUUAGUCAAGCUGUACCAUUUUUGUAUAAUGUACCUUUUCAAAUUUGGCACUUUAUUUUGCUGACAAUGUAUGUCGCUUCAUUAAGAAUACUCCAAAAAAUUAUAAAUGAGAUAUUAACCUCUUCAUUUAAUUUUCCCUUGCAUAUGUAGAAGCUUGCACUAUACUGCGCUAAGUUGGAAGGUGUCAGUGAAAUGUUUGAACUCUUCAACACAAUGAAAUGUUAAUUAUCUGCAGUUAAUGAUUAUGGUGUUUUUGCAAGUUAUUGCUUUUGAAUUGUAUAUGUUGGUGUAGAAUUCCUUCAGUUAUUCAUCUUCUAAAACUCAGAUGUAGGUUUUUUUUGGUGUUGACUUAAUGUGUAAACUCUUCAAUCUUUUUGAAAGGGCUCAGUACUUUGUAACAGAUGUAUUUUGUUAUGCAAAUAUAUGUUGCAUUGCUUGCCUAAAAUACUUUUAGUGGAUAUCUGACACUAAUAACAAGUUAUAAAAUGAUGAUUUAGGGCAGAAUGUAAUAAACUACAACUGAAAUUGUGUUUAAAAAAAAUAAACUGAGCUGUUUUGUUCA